AGAAGUCCUGGUAGCCGCCUCCGUCUGGGUACCAGCCCCCUAUUACUCUGCAGGCGUGUGAAGGAAGGAGGAAACUAGCCCCGGACCCCGAGGUCGGUCUCUCGGUCCGUUGGCCCAUAGGUCGCCCCAAAAGUCGUGCUGAGGGAAGGAGCAAACUGCCUCGGAACCUUGCAGAUCCGGGUAAAGUUUCAGUUCUCCAAAGCCGGGUAUCUUGACAUCCUUCUGCCACACUGUUCAUCAAUCCCUCUGGAAGGAAUACUGACAGCAGAAGACGAGGGAAGGAGAAGAAAUUUACCUGACUUUGGUGGAGAUCAUGAAAAGAGAGCUACAGGAGACUUGGGGAGGCUGAAGAGGACUACACUACACCAUUGUAAACCCUGGCCCUAAGAAUCCUCUUCAGUCAGGUGGAACAAGACCCUCUCUGGUCCUGUCCAAAGGCUGGGACGCACUUGAGCAUGGGCCGGGCUCGGGAAGUAGGUUGGAUGGCAGCAGGACUGAUGAUUGGGGCUGGUGCCUGCUACUGUGUUUACAAACUAACCAUAGGAAGAGAUGAUAGUGACAAGUCAGAGGAGGAGGAAGAGGAAUGGGACGAUGACCAGGAGCUGGAUGAGGAGGAACCUGACCUUUGGAUUGAUUUCACAACUAUGGCUCGUCCCUGGAGUGAGGAUGGGGAUUGGACUGAACCUGGGGCCCCUGGUGGAACCGAGGACAGGCCCUCAGGUGGGGGCAAGGCCAACCGAACAUACCCAGUAAAACAGCGCCCAUUCCCCUAUGAACAUAAAAAUACUUGGAGUACUCAAAGCUUUAGAAAUUUCAGCUGUAUUCUUGACCUCUCCAGGCAUCCUUUCAUUCAGGGAAAAAUGUGGUUUGCUCAGCUCAAGGAUGCUGGGUUUUCAUUUAGCCACGAUAUCAAUAGUCAUUUGGCCAACCUCUCCAUUGUUGGAAACACGAUCCUCACUCCCCACCCUGCUAUUAAGCAGAAGGCUCUGGAUAACUUGAAUGCAAGUGUUGAAAAUCAGGGCCAGAUUAAGAUGUACGUCAAUGAAGUGUGUCGGGAGACUGUGUCACAUUGCUGCAACUCAUUUCUGCAGCAGGCCGGAUUAAAUUUGUUAAUAAGCAUGACAGUUAUUAAUAACAUGCUUGCCAAGUCCGUUUCAGACGUGAAGUUUCCUUUGAUAUCAGAGGGAAGUGAAUGUGCUGAGGUUCAGGUUUUGAAACUGUUGAUAGGUUUGUCUGAAAAGCCUGUCUUGGCAGGGGAAUUGCUGGGGGCCCAAAUGCUGCUCUCCUUCACGUCCCUCUUUAUCAGGAACGCCAACAGACAGGUUCUCCCCCAAACCCUGGCCUCUUAAAUGGCCACCUCGAACAGAAUGGAACCGAAUCCACCCAAAACCCUUCUGGUGAACACACACUCGUGUCGUUCUCAUGCAGAGAAUCUGCAGUGGAUGCCAUCGGAGAUCCAGCCUUAGCCAAUCACCACAUCAUGGGGUGAAAGUUACACUUGCUAAAUCGAGGACCACACUCUUAGGGGCCAGGCAAGGGUUCUCACAGAGCUUUGAGUGACUCCUUGGUUUUGCAGUCAGUCUGCAGGCAACGUGCAUUGUCAGUGACUCCCUUGCGGCCUUCCUCGUGUGGCAAAGGGAUCCUUUCAGCUGCCAGCUGUGGCUACAGAACAUCAUAUUAGAGCAUCGCGAGGGAUGCCUUGCCUGUGCUGGUCUCCCUGUCUAAGCUGGACCGUUUUGGGGAGACCAGACGCAUAUCGGGCUCGUGCUGAAAAUGCAUCUGUUGCUGCUUAGGUUGAAUUCUUUUUCCUUUACUCCUCCUUUGUGAGGUGAUGGAUGGUGAACCCGUUGAUCCAAAAAGUACACUGCCUUUCUCUGUGCUGUACUGACUUAACUUCACCCACCCAAGCCUAUGUUUGUAUGUAUCAUCAAUAAAGUUGUGUGCUUUGAUUGACAAAAGCAAGA